AUGAACACUCAAUACCAAGACCUUCUGCCAAUUUCGAAUGUGAUUUUAAAAGACGGAAGAAUGAGUCUUAUCUCCUGUGGAAAUAUGUGCGCCUCAGACGAAUUAUGUCAAACUAUUUUUUUCAAAUUGUUAGAAGGGAAGUGUUUCUUGUACAACUAUUCCAUUUGGGAGUACACUCCAAGAAGACCAGAAAGAGACGUCAUAAUCUACGAAAUUACAUCACAGGAUGUUGAUUCUGGUUUUGUAUUGAACCGGGGAGGCGGGAUCGCUUUCCAGAUUUCUUCGACCAGCAACAUCACAUCCUUUUACGCAAUGACAUCAUGUAAACAACGUGGCGGAUCAUUGAUUUCAUUAGACACGAAUCAGAAAAUAGACUUCUUGAUAAUGUACAUACGCAACUCUUAUGUCUUCUCGGCGACAACAAAAACGGUAUUCCAGAUAGGACUGAACAACACUCAGGUACCGCAACAAGACACCUGGAAGUGGUCAAAUGGCGCCAUCUUCUCCAACAAUCUCUCUAUGCCAUUUUCGUUGAAUAAUCAUGAUGGUAAUAUGGCGAAUUGUUCCGUUGGUCAUUGUGCCGUACUGAACGUGAAGAAUGAUUCCGCCUGGGCUUUUGAUAACUGUUGUCUUAAAGUUGCCUCUCGUUUUAUAUGUUCAAAAGACAUCAAGAUAGAAUAGUGCAUAUAAAGAUAGUGCGGAACACGUAUAUAAUAUACAUAUAGCCCAUCGUUUCCUAGAAUAGUUUCAUGAAAUAUCAUUUUCUUAAACUAUGAAAGUAACUGUUAUGCUUUCUAAUAUUUCAUUCAAAUUGAGGAGAUAUUGGCUUCGAGGUACAAUUUAAAUGUUUCUUUCUUCUUCUUUUUUUUUUCUUUUUUCUUUUUUUUUUUUUGAAGAUGGUUUUACAUGACAUAUAUAGAAUGAAAAUAUUUCAUUGGGAAGUCAAUUUUGUCGUAUGACUGGAAUUUAUAAGUAACAUGAUACAUAAUUUCUUUAGAACUGCGAAAUGACGUAUUCUCGUCAUGGAAAACUACAUACAAUAUAAGAUAGAAUGGUAACGCCAUGCUUGUAUAUCCGAAUGAUCAUUGUAAAAUAAAUGGAAAUUUUUUGUUUGUGUUGUUCUUUUACACGUAAAUCUCAUGUGAGGAUUUUUUUUACUCGUAUGAAGACGCCAUCAGCUUUAGGUAAUGUGACACAAAUGUGACCUAUGUAUUGCGCUCAAGGUCGUAGAAGUGGGGUGGGUUUUUUUUAUCGUGACAACGACUACCGUCACAUGCUAAAGAAGUACUUAUGAUGCCUGGUUCUUGGUAUAGGAACGUCUUGGGUUCACCGUUAGUGCCGAGAUAACGAAUCAAACCCAAGACCUCUCCAUAGGAUAACACGACUGGGGUAUCACACACACACACACACACGCGCGCGCUCACACGCACGCACACACACACACGCGCGCGCGCGCACGCACGCACGCACGCACACACACACACACACGCGCGCGCGGGGGAUUGAAGGUCUGGUUUUAAUCAGACUGAUGUAAGCAUGGAAUGAUUAUUUUUCGAUAUCUAUUGCGCAAAUAAAUCACCAAACUAACUAUAAAAUGCUAUGAUGCGCAGAUGCCAAAAUUGGCCAGCCAUUCAAUGGCUUCAUUCCCGUCUAAAACUAACAAGAGAUCUUUCAUCAAGAAAACUUGAAAUCGUGUCCUAAAACAUAAUUUUAAAGUACCAAAAAGUUAAGAAAAUCUUAUAUAUAUUUUAGAGGCAAUUAUCAGAAUAGACAUAAAAAUCGCAUUUUGAUAAUUAAAGUUAAAUGAUACAUAUAAUUAAU